AUGGCAGUAGUGGAAAAGUCAGACCUUGAAGGCUCGACGGAGAAGCCCGACACAGAAGUCAGAGAGAUUGAGUAUCCUGGCAUCACAAAGGUUAUAGUGAUCAUCCUUGCCCUCUACCUGGCUAUUUUCUUGGUUGCCCUCGACCAGACAAUCAUUGGCGUAGCAAUCCCGAAGAUCACCGAUCAGUUCAAGAGCAUCGAAGACAUUGCCUGGUAUGGUAGUGCAUAUUUCUUGACAUCGACUGCAUUGCAGCCAUCCUACGGCAGGAUCUAUAAGAUAUUCAGUGUCAAAUGGGGCUUUCUGAUCGCUGUUCUCAUCUUUGAGAUUGGGUCACUCAUCUGCGCCGUUGCACCCAGUAGCACCGUCCUGAUUGUUGGCAGAGCUGUGGCGGGCAUCGGUGUUGCCGGUAUAUUCUCUGGGGCCCUGGUAAUUAUAUCAAUGACAGUUCCACUGCCCAAGAGACCCCUUGUAUUUGGCAUGUUCGGCAUGGUAUGGGGAGUUGCUUCAAUUGCUGGACCAUUACUCGGAGGUGCAUUCACCGACGGUGUGUCAUGGAGAUGGUGUUUCUAUGUCAAUCUUCCAAUUGGCGGUCUUUCCGUUGCCGUUAUCAUCUUCAUCCUACGAGUUCCCAGCAAGAGCGAGUUCUCAGGUACGCCCGUCCUCGACCGGAUCAAACAGCUAGAUCUUAUCGGCGCCAGUCUUCUCAUUCCGGCCAUUGUGUGCCUCCUGCUAGCGCUACAAUGGGGAGGAAAUAAAUACCCGUGGAACAGCUCGCGUGUGAUCGGGCUCUUUGUCGGCUUUGGACUUAUGAUCAUCAUUUUCGCCUUCUCGCAGAUCAAGUUGGGCGACCGCGCUACACUUCCCCCGGGGAUCCUGAAGCAGCGGUCAGUGUUAUCUGCGACUAUGUUCGCCUUGUUCUUCGGCGGUGGAUUCUUCCUUCUCGUCUACUAUGUUCCGAUCUUCUUCCAAAGCGUGAAAGGAUCGUCCGCCAUGAAAUCGGGGAUUCAGCUUCUUCCCAUGAUGCUGGCAACCGUUGUCUCAUCCGUCCUCGUUGCCAUUGGCAUAGGCCUUGUCACUACGUACUCUGUGGACAUCGCGACCGGUAAAUGGAUUGGGUAUCAGAUUCUCGUCGGCGCGGGAGUCGGUGCUGGUUUUCAAAUCCCCAUGACGGCGACUCUGGGAGGCGCGCUCUUCAUUGCUGUCGGGCAAUCUGUCUUUCAAAACGGGUUGAUCGACGGGAUUCGCGAGUACGCGCCUACCGUGGACCCGCGUGCCAUUGUCGGUGCCGGAGCGACGGAAAUGAGACAUGUCCUGGCCGCUUUGGGGCAGUUGGACCAGCUUGACGCAGUGAUUAGGGCGUAUAUGAGUGGGCUUCGAGACGCAUAUCGCGUCAGCCUGGCGCUUGCACUGGUAGCCUUGGUAGCUAGCUGCUUUCUGGAAUGGAAGAGUGUUAAGAAAACUGGCCAAGAUGGUAAGAACGAUGUGGCAGUUCCGGCGUUGUGA